CUCAACACCUGAAACAAAGACAGUCUACAGAAAUGCUACGACAAAGUGUGCAGGGUUGUGGAACAAGGCCAGUCGGUCACCACAGGUCUCGGAGCUCGUGGACGAGAUUAUUGAGAAGAAGCUGCUAGUACCUUGCACAACUAGGUGGAAUUCAUUUUAUGAUGCCCUGGCUCGAAUUUCUGGGAUACCAGUGGUGGAGUUGAACACCAUCUGCUCCAAACUCCAGAUGAAAUGUCUCAGUGAAAGGGAACUUCAGUUUCUCAGAGAGUACUGUACCGUCAUGCAUCCACUUACAGUGGCACUGGACAUUCUUCAGGGAGAAGAGAAUUGUUAUUAUGGCACACUCUUACCCGCACUGGAAACAUUGAUGUCCAAGACUCUGGAAAAGAAGAAUGGACUACAAAUCCUUGUUGGCCUACCAGAUGCAAUUGUGCAGUCAAUCAAAACAAGAUUUACAACGGUUCUUGCAAGUGAAGAUGCUAUCCUGGCUGCUGUGACACUACCCAAGUUCAAGCUACGUUGGUUGCGUGACCAGGAGAGGAAAGACCAGGCCAAGGCAAGUCUGCUCGCAGAAUGCCGCAAACGGAUCCUGGAGCAGGAGCAGCAACCAGGUACAAGUGCACCCAACCCAACACCACAGCACAGCGCAGGGUCUGCCAAAGAGGCAGAGUUCUUUUCCUUCUCAGAGGAUGAGGAAUCCUCAGCUGAAACGGAAGUAGCUGAUUACCUCAAAUCAGGAGCAACAGGUUUAGAAAGUCUCAAUCAAUUUCCUUUGAUAAAGAAAAUAUCUCUUAGAUAUAAUGCAGCCACUCCAUCCAGUGCCCCAGUAGAAAGACUCUUUAGCCUGGGGAGCCUGAUUCUGUCUCCGAAGAGGAACAGGCUAUCAGAUCAAAAGUUUGAGAGGCUUCUCCUUUUGAGGUACAAUCAUUGGCUUGAGCGCUAGGAAGGAAGACUUUAAUGGAUGGAUGUUUUCUGGGAAUGCUGAUAUGUUUAUUUUGAGAGGGGUAGAUAGAGCGAUAACAAAUAUUUAACACUACCUUCUGCUGGU